UAAGUUCUAGUUUGUUGGUAUGUUGGGUCCAGCGUAAAAUUAAUAUCAAAUAUAUCGGCCAAUGAGAACUUUCUAAAGCGGAGGCAAACAAAUGUCAUUUAGGUUUGAGCUUUAAACAAGUUCUCUUUUCAUAUUUUCAACCUGAUAGAUCCCCGCUUGACUUCAGCGGAAGGAUAUGGGUUUUUGUGUCUUCGCUCUCAGUGACUUCAGUGGCUGGUGAGCGGAGAGGUGGAAGACUUUUUCACUGCCGUGUGUGACUAGUAGACAUUAAAUGUAUGUGUAUUUUAAACGAUUUAAACGGAAACGAUUUUGUAAAGAACUAGCUGAAAUGUUGUAACUUGGCACUACGGGUAGCUUAUUGUGCGUGACUCUUUUCUAACGACACUUUUGAGAAGUAACCGUCCCAGGAGACAACUCAACUUUGGGUUGGCGACCUUAUGUGGAUUUUACAGAAAAUAUGGAGCAGAUCCCCGGUUUCUCCUCGGGCACAUCACUAGUCUUUCUCUUCUGCUUCAUCCACCUCUCUUUAGCUCUGCAGUGUAUGAAUGACAAGGCGCCUUGUGUUAACAACGCUACGUGCCAGACCUUUAACAAUGGCACCGAAUACUGCAGGUGUGCGCCAGGCUUUCUUGGUGAGUACUGCCAGCAUAAGGACCCUUGUCAACCUGGCUACUGCCUGAAUGGAGGGAACUGCUCUGUGUCGAUGUCUGCUGGUGUGCCUGUGCCGGGCAGCGCCACCUGCACCUGCCCUCUUGGCUACACCGGACAGCACUGCCAAACUCCACAGAACUCCACAUGUUACCCCAACAACCCCUGUGCCAACAGAGGUGUCUGCACCCUGAUGACCCUUGACAAGUACGAGUGCGAGUGUGCCAAGGGAUGGACAGGACCACGGUGUGAGCACGAGGACAGCUGUCUAUCUAGUCCCUGUGGCAAUGGUGGAAAGUGCAGCUCUCUGCCUGAUGAUAGAUACACGUGUUCAUGUCCUCCUGGCUACGCAGGUCUUCGCUGCCUUAAUGACACAAAUGAAUGUGCUGCCACACCCUCUAUAUGCCAGAAUGAAGGAGUUUGCUUAAACACCUUUGGCUCUUACAAGUGUAUCUGUGCCCCAGGAUUUACUGGCAAACACUGUGAAAGCUCAUACAUCCCUUGCUCACCUUCACCAUGCCUAAAUGGAGGCACUUGCCACCAGAACUCUGAAACCAGCUACUCAUGCCACUGCCUUCCAGGCUUCAAUGGAACUAAUUGUGAGAACAACAUUGAUGACUGCCCUGGUCAUCAGUGUGCCAAUGGAGGAACCUGUAUGGACGGAGUCAACACCUAUAACUGCCAGUGCCCUCCAGAGUGGACUGGCCAGCACUGUACAGAAGAUGUGAACGAGUGUCGCCUGCAGCCAAACACCUGCCAGAACGGAGGUACCUGCAGCAACCUGAUCGGCAGCUAUGUCUGCGUGUGUGUUAAUGGCUGGAGUGGGCCUGACUGCUCUGAGAACAUCGAUGACUGUGCUACAGCGGCGUGCAGCCCCGGCUCCACAUGCAUCGACCGUGUUGCUUCUUUUGUCUGCCUCUGCCCCCAUGGAAAGACAGGUCUGCUGUGUCAUAGAGAUGACGCCUGUAUCAGUAACCCCUGUAGAGAGGGCGCUCAAUGUGACACCAACCCCAUCAGUGGCAUGUUCAAUUGUAACUGUCCGCCUGGAUAUGUAGGCAGCACCUGCAACAUCGACAGAGAUGAAUGCAGCAUUGGUACCAACCCUUGCGAACAUGGUGGUCAGUGUGUGAACACUGAUGGCUCCUUCACUUGUAACUGUGUGAGGGGUUAUGCUGGGCCCCGCUGUGAACAAGAUGUAAAUGAGUGUGCUUCAAACCCCUGUCAGAAUGAUGGCACGUGUCUGGAUCGCAUUGGGGACUACACAUGCAUUUGCAUGCCUGGAUUUGAGGGGACUCAUUGUGAAAUAGAGGUGAAUGAGUGUCUCAGCUCACCCUGUCUGAACCAGGGUAAAUGUCAAGACCAGGUCAGCCGCUUCGUCUGCGAGUGCCCAGCAGGCUUCAGCGGUGACAUGUGCCAGAUAGACAUUGAUGAAUGUUCCAGCACACCCUGUUUAAAUGGGGCCAAAUGUAUUGACCGACCCAACGGAUAUGACUGUGAAUGUGCUGAAGGCUUCACUGGUCUACUUUGUGAGGAGAACAUCAAUGACUGUGUACCAGAGCCUUGCCACCAUGGUGUGUGUAAAGAUGGCAUCGCCACCUUCUCCUGUGAGUGCUAUGCUGGUUACACAGGCUCCAUCUGUAACAUCCAAGUCCAGGAGUGCCAAAGCAACCCUUGUCAGAACCGAGGACGCUGCGUUGACCUGGUCAAUGCCUACCAGUGUAACUGUCCACCAGGCACCACAGGGGUGAACUGUGAGAUCAAUGAAGAUGAUUGUGCCGGUAACCCCUGUGAGUACGGAGAGUGCCAAGAUGGUAUUAAUGAGUACAAAUGUGUGUGCGCCCCGGGAUAUACAGGUGUCAAAUGUGAUGUGGAAAUCAACGAGUGUUACUCAAACCCAUGUAUGAGUGGGGGAACCUGCGUGGACAAAGUCAAUGGGUUCCACUGCCUGUGCCCGCCCAGCACCCACGGCCCUCUGUGCCUCUCUGGCAUCGACCACUGUGCUCCUCAACCUUGUGUGCACGGAGAAUGUAUCGAACAGCAACACGGUUACCAUUGUGAGUGUGAAGCUGGCUGGGUGGGACAACACUGUGGGCAGGAAAGGGAUGAGUGCCAGCCCAGUCCGUGCCAAAAUGGUGGCAAAUGUGUGGACCGACAUAAUGGCUACACCUGUCAGUGCCAACCUGGAUUCAAAGGUUUGAACUGUGAGAAGAACCUAGAUGAAUGUGCAUCUGGGCCUUGUCUGAACCAAGGCAUCUGUAUAGAUGAAGUCAACAGGUAUACCUGCCAGUGUAGUCCGCCGUUCACAGGCAAACACUGUGAGGUGGAACAGGUUCCGUGUGCCUCUCGUCCUUGCGAGAAGGGAGGAGUGUGUCAUCCCUCUGCAGACUACACAUCUUACACCUGUCAAUGUCCCGCUGGUUGGCAAGGGCCACGGUGCACUGAGGAUGUGAAUGAAUGCAAUAACAACCCGUGCAAAAAUGGUGGUCGCUGCAUUAACAGCCCAGGCAGCUACGUGUGUAAAUGUCAACCUGGAUACAGCGGACACAACUGUCAGACAGACAUUGACGACUGCUCACCCAAUCCAUGCCUAAAUGGAGGCUCCUGUGUGGACAAGGUUGGGAGAUUCUCCUGUGACUGUCGCCUGGGUUUUGAAGGGGACCGCUGUGAGACUGAGGUAGACGAGUGUGCCAGCCAUCCCUGCAAGAACGGUGCAAUCUGCCGGGACUAUGUCAACAGCUUUGUUUGCGAGUGCCGAUCAGGCUUUGAUGGAAUCCUGUGUGAACACAACAUCCUCGAAUGCACCGAGAGCUCCUGUCUAAAUAAUGGGACUUGCAUUGAUGACAUCGGCACAUUCUCUUGCCGUUGCCGUCCCGGGUUUUAUGGGACAUUUUGUGAGUUCGAGCAGAAUGAGUGUAACUCUCAGCCCUGUAAGAAUGGAGGCACUUGCACUGAUGGCCUGGGUACCUACCGCUGCACUUGCCCAGUGGGGUACAACGGACAGAACUGCCAGAACUAUGUGAACCUGUGCAGCCAGGUGCGCUGUCAAAACGGUGGCUCCUGCUCUCAGACAGGAGCCACCUCCUGGACCUGCCACUGUAUGAUGGGAUGGACAGGACUUUACUGUGAUGUCCCCAGCUUGUCCUGUCAUGACUUUGCUGCCAGGGAAGGCCUGGAAGUGGAAAGUGUGUGUAAGAAUGCUGGUCGGUGCAUAAACGUGGGAAAUUCCCACAAGUGCGAGUGCCAGCCAGGAUACACGGGCAGCUACUGUGAAGAGAUGGUUGAUGAGUGCAAGUCAAACCCUUGUCGCAAUGGAGCUACAUGCAAGGACUAUCAGGGCACAUAUGAGUGUAUAUGUAAACCAGGGUACCAGGGAGUGAACUGUGAGUAUGAUGUUGAUGAAUGCCACUCUAAGCCCUGCCUCCAUGGAGGAACCUGCAUCAACCUCAUCAACCACUUCAUGUGCGCCUGCCCACCUGGAACUCAUGGGCUCCAGUGUGAAGUGAAUGUGGAUGACUGUGCCCCGAAGCAGGGCUCCUCUGAGCCCCGCUGUCUGAACGGUGGGCAGUGUGUGGACGGGGUGGGCCGUUACACAUGCUCCUGCCCUCCAGGAUUCGUUGGAGAGCACUGUGAGGGGGAUCUUAAUGAAUGCCUGUCUGGGCCCUGCCAGUCCCCCGGCAGCCUCGACUGUGUGCAGCUGGUCAACGAUUACCAGUGCCGCUGUCGCCUUGGAUACACAGGCCGCCAUUGUGAGUCCAUGGUGGAUCUGUGUCUUUCUAAGCCGUGCCACAACAGCGGUGUCUGCUCUAUGAACAUGAGCUCAGUACACGGCUACACCUGCUCAUGCUUACAGGGCUUCACCGGGUUCAACUGUGGUGAAAGAGAAGGCUAUAGUUGUGCAGACCUACAUUGCCAGAAUGGUGGGCACUGUGUGGAGUCCACGGUUGGUCACUAUCACUGCAAGUGCCAGCCAGGCUUCAGUGGGACACACUGCGAGAAUGAAUACAGGUGUCCAUGGAACUGCCAAAAUGGAGGAACCUGCAUCAAAGACCCAGCCAACCCAUACCAGUAUAGUUGCCGCUGUCCCAUGCACUUCUCUGGACGAUACUGUGAAGUAUCCGGACCAGGCCCUUCAACCUGUCCCUAUCUGCAAUGUAAAAAUCAUUUAGAGGAUAAAGUGUGUGACGAUCAGUGUAACAACUAUGAAUGUCAGUGGGAUGGAGGAGAUUGCUCGCUCAGUCUGCAAAAGCCGUGGAUUAACUGCACCGCCAGUGUUCCCUGCUGGGAUCUCUUUAAAAAUGGACAUUGUGAUAAGGAGUGUGACAACUCUGGGUGCCUCUUUGAUGGCUUUGAGUGCCAAGACAGCAAACAGACCUCCUGCAAGUACCAGCAGUACUGUGCAGACCACUACGGGAACGGCAACUGUGACCAAAGCUGCUACACGGAAGCUUGUGGCUGGGACGGCCUGGACUGUUCUGCUGACAUUCCAGCCAAAAAGGUGCCUGGCACACUGAUUAUUGUGGUCCGGCUGCAGCCUAAGGAGCUGCUUGGAGACUUGAGGGGUUUCUUGCGCUUCCUGGGAGCCCUUCUGCACACCAACCUGCAGGUGAAGCUGGAUAAAAAUAAGGACCCAAUGGUGUACCCUUACUUUAGGGAGGAGGAGGAGCGUGGACGCAGACUCGAGAGGAGCAGAAGGAAGCGGGAGCUGGAGAAGGAAGUUAUUGGAUCUAAGGUGUACCUGGAAAUCGAUAACCGGGAGUGUUUCCAGAGCUCAAUGGACUGUUUUUCCAACGCUAGUGAGGUUGCAUCCUUCAUUGCAGCAGCACAAAUCAAGGCUCAACUGCCUUACCCUCUAGAGUCUGUUAACAGUAGUUACAUAGACGUAGAAGAGGUGACACCAAUUUUACCGUACCUGGUGGGAGUAGCAGUGGUUAUUAUUCUGCUUAUCCUGGUGCUGGGGAUGCUAGCAGCCAAGAGGAAGCAUAAACAUGGUGUCCUGUGGCUGCCUGAUGGCUUCUUGGCUACUAAAAACGACAAGAGAAGAGAGCCUGUCGGACAGGAUGACUUCGACAUGAAGAAUUUCAAAACCCAGGAUGGUUCCAUGAUUGAUGGAGGUCAGAGUCAGAGAUGGCUGCAAGAUGAGGUCCCAUCCAAGAAGCCAAGAACUGAAGGUAAACCUUUGCUGCCCAUGGCUAUGGAUGGAGGUGUUGACCGAAGGGAGUGGACCGUGCAGCACCGCAAAGCCGCUGACAUCACCCUCACUCCUCCACAAGCCGACCUGGAUGCUGACUGUCUGGAUGUUAACGUCAAGGGACCUGAUGGCUUCACCCCACUCAUGUUGGCAUCGCUGCGUAAUGGUGGAGGCCUGGACUGCAGCCUACAUGGAGAAGAGGAGGAGGAGAGCGGAGGAGACGAACCAGGACCGAGUGUGAUUUCGGACCUUAUCACUCAGGGUGCUUCCUUAAUAGCUCAGACUGACCGCACAGGAGAAACGGCGCUCCACCUGGCUGCCCGCUAUGCCAGGGCUGAUGCCGCCAAGAGACUGCUGGACGCCGGAGCUGACCCCAACGCCCACGACAACAUGGGCAGAACCCCGCUGCAUGCUGCCGUGGCGGCUGACGCCCAGGGAGUCUUCCAGAUUCUGAUCCGUAAUCGUGCAACAGAGCUGGAUGCCCGCAUGAAUGAUGGCACUACUCCGCUGAUCCUGGCAGCCAGGCUGGCUGUGGAGGGCAUGGUGGAAGAGCUGAUCCACUGCCACGCUGACAUCAAUGCUGUAGAUGACCACGGCAAAUCCGCUUUGCACUGGGCAGCUGCAGUUAAUAAUGUAGAGGCAACUCUGGUGCUUUUGAAGAAUGGAGCCAACCGCGACAUGCAAGACAACAAGGAGGAGACUCCAUUGUUUCUUGCUGCCAGAGAAGGCAGCUUCGAGGCAGCUCAAGUUCUCCUCGACCACUACUCCAACCGUGACAUCACCGAUCACCUGGAUCGGUUGCCCCGCGAUACGGCUCAAGAGCGCAUGCAUCAUGACAUAGUGCGCCUGCUGGACCAGUACAAUUUGGUUCACAGUCCGCACAACGGGCCCAGCCACAUGGGAGGAGGAGGAAAUUCCUCCGUUAUGUGCGGGGCCAAUGGGGCAGGCUUCAUCGGCAUGCGCCCUGGGCCGCAGGGAAAGAAGAACAGGCGAGGAGGAGGUGGAGCGAAGGUGGGAGGUGUUGGCGGGGGAGCUAAGGAGCUGAAAGACAUGAAGGCGAAGAGAAGAAAGAAGCCCGCUGGAGGAGAGGGGCCAGGCGGGGUGGCAGGAGUCGGAGGAAGUGCAGGAGGUGCAGGAGGAGCAGGAGGAGCAGGGAGCGCGAAUGGCGUCAAGGCAGCAGGAGGACUUCCAGAGAGCUCUGUUACCAUGUCACCGGUCGACUCCCUGGAAUCGCCGCACUCGUACACAGGUGAUGUGUCCGGCGCCGUCUCCACCACAGCAAACUCCCCUCCGCUCCUGAGCAGCCCGACCUCCAGACCUAUGCUGCCCCCCGUCAGCCACAUGCUGGGACAGCAGCAGGGCUGGGUGGGCAUGACUAAGCACAGCUACAGCGGCCACAUGUUCGGCCUCGUCCCGCACCAGAUGGGGGGAUCUCACCCUGGCAUGGGCCAACACCACAGCCAGGGCCCGAUGCUGACUCCCAUGAAUGUCACCAUGAGCAGAGAGCAGCUGCCGCCCAUUGUUACGUUCCAGAUGAUGGCUCCUGGAGGUGGCCAGGCCAUGCUGAAGCAGCCGCAGCCGGGGCAGGUACAGGUCACACAGUCCCAGGGGCAGAACCAGAAUCAAGGUCUCUCCCAGCAGGGUCCAGGCCACCUCCACUGCUCCCAGAGUAUGAUGUACCAGAUGUCUGAGCAGAUGAGCAUAUCGCACGGGCUCUCCCACACGCUGCAGCACCCCCACACCGUCAGCCACGGAAGCCACAGUGGGAUCGAGGGCCAGUCUCGGCCUCUGCCUUCAUAUCCGCCCAUGCAGAGCCCUGUGGAUAAGUACCCCACGCCGCCCUCCCAACACAGUUACACCACUGCCGGCUCGGAGGGCACCACCCCCAGCCACUCUGCCCACCCACCCAGCGAGCACCCGUAUCUCACCCCUUCCCCUGAUUCCCCAGACCCUUGGUCAUCCUCUUCACCACACUCCAACUCGGACUGGUCUGACGUCACCACCAGCCCCACCCCUCUGGGGAACCCUCACCACGCACUGCCAUCUUCACACCACACACACAUUCCAGAGCAGGCGCAGCUGCAGUCGCAACAGAUGCAGCAGGCCUCUCAACAGCCUCAGCUCGGAAACAUGCAGGUGUUUGCGUAGGAAAAGCAUGAACAGACUGACUUUGGGGUACUGUGUAGUUAAAUAACGACACAUAUUAACUCACACAAUGCUUUUCUCAUUUCUCCAGUUAAUUCUCUUUGUUUGUUCCUCAUUAUAAUAAUCGGUCAUGUCCCCUUUUAUGUUUUUUUUCUCUUCUUUGCACUUAAAAAAAACUGUGUAUGGUUUCUAAAAUGUCAUUGAGUAUUAUCAGCUAGAAAGCAAAAGUUCUCAAUACCAAAAAUCGGUUUUCCAUGCCUUCAAUCCAAGCUGAGCAUCUUGUACUCUCUGCUGGACAAGUGAGGACUGUUGCUUCUCUGGCAACCGAACACAAACUGUUUAUUGAGGGAUCAUCGAGGAGCUGCCGAACUGAUGGUAGCUGGCUGGUAUUGCAUCAGAAAAGCAGACUGAUAAGGUGGACACUGAGACUGAGCGGAGAACCCUGUGCGUCAAUAUCGUCUGUGUUGGAAGACACAGUUCUGCUAUAUGCUAUCCUUUGCUUAAUGUGAUAAACCUGCCAAUACUAACUUCUCAUCUAAAACAUUCACUCUACAUUUUGUAAUCUGGUUGGUCACAUUCAGUUGAUGCUUUAAUUCAGCAGACAACAUAGUUGUUUCUUUAUUGUUUUUUUUACUCAUGCAUUUUUCUUUUAUGUGCUAAAGGAGGAAUUUUAUAAAAUGCUGUUACAUGACUAGAAAUACAACCUUAAAGUUACACACACGUAGCUUGUUAGACCUGUUCAAACAAGGGUGGGGGUUAAAUGUGUUUACUUGUGUUUCUCAUCAAACAUUUAUCAUUGACCUUCACGUUCAAUAAAUAAAGGUAGGUUCAGAGAGAACACACUGUAUUACCCAUGUUUUCAAGGUACUUACUCCUACAGAAAUGUAAAAGGGUUGGUUUAAAAACCAAAUCAGAGUUUGUUUGAAUGCAGUUAUAUAUUGUCUUGCCACCGACGGUGCCACUAUACAUCAUGUGUUGUUGAGGGAUUCAUUCAGAAGCUUGACGAACUUUAUGCAAAUACAUACAUUAGUUUAAUAUGUUGUAUGACAAAAUGUACAUAGACAUAACAGCACAUUCUGCUUGUUAUUACUGAGCUUAACUUAGCAAAGAAGUGACAGUGUCUGUUUUUUUAUAUGAAUUCUGUUCGCACUUCUUGAAUGAUUCUGAAUGUUACAGAGGUGCAUGUUUUUACCUUUUAAACCGCCUCUUUCUAAAUGUUUUAUUUUCCAAAAUUGUUUAACCUUUCUGCCUUUUGCUUAACUACAAUCAGUGUAUCUGUGCACCAAUUUUCUUAAUUGUCAUGAUUCAUAAACCAAGUCUGGAGGAGAGUGAGUUUUUAUUUGUCUUCCUUCUUAAAGUUGAUGUUGAUCACAGCUUUGUGACUGCUGUGUGACAAUCAUUCACUGUUUUUAUUUCUGAAACUUCAAAAAGGAACAUCAGUGUCUCUAAGACCAAAUUUUUUUUUUCCUGCCAAAAAUGUAUACCUUUUUUGUCAGUGGUUGCCCUUGUUUCAGUUAGUGUUGUGGUGUAUUAAAGACACCAAGAAAAGUUUGAAUUGCUACUGCACCUGUCUGUGUGAACAAACCAAAUCGUUCAUGUUUCAUCGAUGUCCCCAGUGUUUCUCUGUGCUUGAUGUCCCCGUAGUUUCACUAAACAUGAAUACUGUACAUUCAGUUGUCAGUCAACAUUUUUAUUAAAGAAUUGAGCAUAUCGGUUCCCAUUCUUAUGCAAGGCCAUGUGUCUUUCUUCUGCAUAUAAAAUGGGUUUUUUGUUAUUGUACUUUACUUCUUAACCGAAUAGCUUAUAAUAUACAUGCUGUAUGAAGUAGUUGUCACCAUGUUUGUAUAAGGUAGAAGAACUAAAACUUAUGGCAAAAUAAGUUGUCUGUUGCAGAACACCAAAUGAUCAACCAAAUGUGCUUACUGAAAUAAAGCCCAGAUCUUCAUAGA